GGUUCUCCUCCUCCUCCUCCUCCUCCUCCUCCUCCUCCUCCUCCUCCUCCUCCUCCUCCUCCUCCUCCUCCUCCUCCUCCUCCUCCUCCUCCUCCUCCUCCUCCUCCUCCUCCUCCUCCUCCUCCUCCUCCUCCUCCUCCUCCUCCUCCUCCUCCUCCUCCUCCUCCUCCUCCUCCUCCUCCUCCUCCUCCUCCUCCUCCUCCUCCUCCUCCUCCUCCUCCUCCUCCUCCUCCUCCUCCUCCUCCUCCUCCUCCUCCUCCUCCUCCUCCUCCUCCUCCUCCUCCUCCUCCUCCUCCUCCUCCUCCUCCUCCUCCUCCUCCUCCUCCUCCUCCUCCUCCUCCUCCUCCUCCUCCUCCUCCUCCUCCUCCUCCUCCUCCUCCUCCUCCUCCUCCUCCUCCUCCUCCUCCUCCUCCUCCUCCUCCUCCUCCUCCUCCUCCUCCUCCUCCUCCUCCUCCUCCUCCUCCUCCUCCUCCUCCUCCUCCUCCUCCUCCUCCUCCUCCUCCUCCUCCUCCUCCUCCUCCUCCUCCUCCUCCUCCUCCUCCUCCUCCUCCUCCUCCUCCUCCUCCUCCUCCUCCUCCUCCUCCUCCUCCUCCUCCUCCUCCUCCUCCUCCUCCUCCUCCUCCUCCUCCUCCUCCUCCUCCUCCUCCUCCUCCUCCUCCUCCUCCUCCUCCUCCUCCUCCUCCUCCUCCUCCUCCUCCUCCUCCUCCUCCUCCUCCUCCUCCUCCUCCUCCUCCUCCUCCUCCUCCUCCUCCUCCUCCUCCUCCUCCUCCUCCUCCUCCUCCUCCUCCUCCUCCUCCUCCUCCUCCUCCUCCUCCUCCUCCUCCUCCUCCUCCUCCUCCUCCUCCUCCUCCUCCUCCUCCUCCUCCUCCUCCUCCUCCUCCUCCUCCUCCUCCUCCUCCUCCUCCUCCUCCUCCUCCUCCUCCUCCUCCUCCUCCUCCUCCUCCUCCUCCUCCUCCUCCUCCUCCUCCUCCUCCUCCUCCUCCUCCUCCUCCUCCUCCUCCUCCUCCUCCUCCUCCUCCUCCUCCUCCUCCUCCUCCUCCUCCUCCUCCUCCUCCUCCUCCUCCUCCUCCUCCUCCUCCUCCUCCUCCUCCUCCUCCUCCUCCUCCUCCUCCUCCUCCUCCUCCUCCUCCUCCUCCUCCUCCUCCUCCUCCUCCUCCUCCUCCUCCUCCUCCUCCUCCUCCUCCUCCUCCUCCUCCUCCUCCUCCUCCUCCUCCUCCUCCUCCUCCUCCUCCUCCUCCUCCUCCUCCUCCUCCUCCUCCUCCUCCUCCUCCUCCUCCUCCUCCUCCUCCUCCUCCUCCUCCUCCUCCUCCUCCUCCUCCUCCUCCUCCUCCUCCUCCUCCUCCUCCUCCUCCUCCUCCUCCUCCUCCUCCUCCUCCUCCUCCUCCUCCUCCUCCUCCUCCUCCUCCUCCUCCUCCUCCUCCUCCUCCUCCUCCUCCUCCUCCUCCUCCUCCUCCUCCUCCUCCUCCUCCUCCUCCUCCUCCUCCUCCUCCUCCUCCUCCUCCUCCUCCU